GAGCAAGGUUGUCAAACCGGUUUGUGCCAGUGUGCCGGUUUAGCAAGUGAAAUGGUUCGACCGGUGGUACAUACCGGUUUGUGCCGGUUCAUGCCGGUUAAUAUUACAAAUAAUUUACAAAUACUCAUAUUUAAACAUGACAUUUAACGUCAAUACCUAAAUAUUUGUACUUGAAUCCAACAAAUAACAUCAACAUUUAACUUUUUAACACAUAAAAUAAAUAAUAAAUUACUUUUUAUCAAUUAAAUUCACGAAGAUAAAAUCAUUUUACUUGGAGAUUCGUAUAUCGAUCAUGCCGGUCAUACCGGUGGUGUCAUACCGGUUUUAUGACCGGUACAGGUUGAACCAGGUUCAACCAGUGGCACACCGACCGGCGUGACAACACUGAUUUGGAGGGAAGGUUUGUAUAAUGAUUUUUUCCACCCUUUUCUCUCCCCUAGUUACUAUGCCCUCCUUCGAAAACGGGGGAAAAUUUAUUGGUAUUCCCACUUUCCUUCCUAAUCUUUCCCUUCCCUCCUUUUCCGCCCUUAAAAAACACAGACUGAAGGUUUUGGUGGGAAAGACGCAAGUCUUCCAGGCAAAAUUAUCAGUCCCCGCAGCCCACCUUCGUUCUCAUCCAGACUUGUCAGCAAUUUCGCCUGCCGGUUGGUAGCUAAAGGGAGAUGAGCGUGUUCGGAGGCGACAGCUGGGGAAGAGAGGCGCAGUACAGGAAGAGGAAAGUGGACGAUCUAUUGACUGAAAACCUCCAUGGAUCUUCCUACAAGAAGCUUCCGUCAGGAAAGUUCGCUUGCCUCGUCUGCCCUCACAACCCCGUUCUCGAUUCCCCUCUCAUGCUCUCUAUGCACUGUAAGGGCUCCCGUCAUGUGGCUGCGGAGGCCAAGCUGAAGGAGAAGGAACCGAAGACACGUGAUGAGAAGAAUAAGAGGUUAGCUGCAUCAGUCUCGAGUUCUGCUGUUAGCUCCACUAAACUGGCUAUUUCCAGCAAAACUGUUAGGUCGGCAGCAGUUAUUGGACCACUCAAAGAACAAGCAGGAAAGGGUGCAUCUGAGGUGAUUUCGCUCCAUAAGAACAUAAUUUCGGUGCAGAACAAAUCCGUGAACCAAAAUUGCCAUCUAAGCUCUGUUGGAGCAACUGCUAGUACAAGGAACAAUGGUGAUGGUUGCUCAUUUACUUGGACUCAAGGCUUCCCUAAGCAGCAGCAAUCAGAUUUUCCAGUAUAUAGAGAGAGGGAGCUCAAGUUUACUGAAGCGGGAUGGAAACGUGAUGGCCAUGGGAGAUGGUACAGAGAUGAAAAUGUUGAAUUUGAUUCUGAUGAAGAAGAUCCAAAUAUCUCCUUGGCUGGCUUCACAUCAUAA